AUGCACUCACGAAUUUUCUGGAUAGCAACAAUUGCCAUUUAUGCUACCUUAAUUGCCGCCGAGGAAGAUGAUAACAUAUUCCGUGGCGAACGAAUUUUACAUCGCCCAGAUCAAGUCAAAUUGUCUUGGGAAGCAGACAUAGCUGGUAAUUCUGUCAGCUUCCAUUUUCGAGCUAAAUCAAAUAGUUGGAUUGGAAUCGGUCUAUCUCGGACUGGACGAGCUGGUGAUUUUGAAUGGCAUUUUGGUUGGGCUCGUGAGCAAAAGCCGCAUGAAAAAGAGUACCGAGAAGUUCUGGAAUCAGUCUCGUCAUUCUAUCAUCAUCAAUAUCAUGGCGUGGUACAAGAUGGCGACUACAAGUAUAUGACAUUCACGCAAGUCAUUGAUAGUGAAAAUAAUCAAAUUUCAGAUGAGGGUGUUUCCCUUCAUGUUGUACAUGCUUAUGGCGAUAUGGAUCAUUCCUAUCAUGCAAGGCAAAAGAGAGACGACGUUAUUAUUGAUUUAGUUCCUGUCGAAGUUCCAGGGCCAGAAACUACACAAUUAGUCUAUAUAUGUGAUGGUAAAAUAAUGCAUAAAAAGCCAUCCAAUUAUGGCGAGUGUGAAGAUGCAACGGAUAUCCGCAAGUUUGCAGCAACAGAGCAAGCUUUGAUUUUCGGCAUCUGUAUUGCCUUCAUAUUCGUGAUUGUUAUCAUCGUUAUCGCCAUGAAAAGGUGGCAUAGAAAUAUGGAAAAACUUAAAACUAUGCCAACAUUCGUCGACGAAGAGGAAGGUACUACUAUCUAUAAACGCGUAGAUACAGAUGAGCCAGAUCCUGUGCCACCACAAAAUGAAGAUGCUGCAACAGUGCGUAACUAA